AUUUUUAUGGUUUGCCGCUAACGGUCACACUGAGCACGCAUUUAAAGUAUACAAAUUAUUAAAUAAAACAAUUGGCAAUAAAUACAAGAAAUGGAUAAUGUAAGAGAACUAAUACAAUUCAUGCAGCCCAAUCAGCGCCUGGAUCUGAAAGCAGUUGCUUUAACACAUGUCCUAAGUCUGACUGGCAGCACAGAGGGUAAAGAUGCAAUACUCUCGCUAGAAGAUAUGUUGAUAGCCAUUUUCGGACUAACGCUUGAUGCCAAUUCGACAGUUGCGAAGGAUGCAGUCCUCAGUCUGAUAAAUCUAACGGCGGAAGAAGCCGGCGCAAUCAGAGUCUUCGAGUUGGCGAAACAAGUACAGCCCAGCUUUGACAUUGUGGGCGUGGCCGCCAAGCAGAUAUGCGACGAGCAGGCGGAGCUUGCCGAUGCAUGGAGCAUGGUUCUCAGCAACUUAACGCGCGUCGAGUCGUUGGUGCAUGCCAUACUGGACACAUUGGAGCCGACGUUGCCCAAACUGGCGAAAGCCUUUGCCAAGCUGGAUUAUAAUAAGAAAAAAUCCAAACUCCACUAUUUGGCGCCCAUAUUUUGUAAUCUUACUCAAGUGCCUCGCGGGCGGGAGCUGUGCUGCCAGCCAAAGUACCAGCUGCUGGAGAAGCUGCUGCCCUUUGCCUCAUUUGAGGAGAGCGUAGUACGCCGUGGUGGCACCAUUGGCAUCAUCAAAAACAUAUGCUUUGAUGCCGUGUAUCAUGAUGUCAUAUUGAAUGAGCAGGAUGACAUAUUGGUUGCCAUACUGCAGCCACUGUGCGGACCCGAAGAGUUCAGCGACGAAGACAAUGAAAAGCUGCCCAUUGAGCUGCAGUAUCUGCCCGAGAGCAAGACUCGUGAAACAGAUCCGGACCUGCGCAAAAUGUUGUUGGAGUGCCUGCUGCAGCUGUGCGCCACGCGACGAUGUCGCGAGGUGCUGCGCGCCAAAGGCGUCUAUGAAAUACUGCGAGAGUACCACAAAUGGGAGGCGAAAGUGGGACGAGACAGCGAAUGUCUGCUGGCCUGUGAGAACGUGGUAGAUAUUCUGAUCAAAAAAGAGGAUGAAAUUGGCUUAGACAAUUAUAAAAGUGUGGAAGUGCCUGCAGAGCAGGCCGAUAAGUUUAUUCAGGAGGAUGCCGCGUAUGUCAAGAGUCUUUUAGAUUAAUGCAAAUAUGAAUAGACUUAGUUAAGCACGUAUAAAAUAUUGAAAUUUCAAUAUAUAUAUAUAUAUAUAUAUAUAUAUAUAUAUGCGGAUUUAUUUGGAAAUCUUUGUAGUUCACAUGUAUUUGUAUUUUCUAUCUUAAUUAGCGCUAGAAAAAGUUGUACGCCUGCAUUUAAAUGCAAAAGAAACAAUUUUAUUUCAAUUUGAUUAGUUUUAGUAGCUGCGUUAUUUAGUGUUCCGCUUGCGCUUAAAUAUAAAUAUAAACUUCUUAGGUGCUAAAUACAUUUGCAUUCAAAAAUGUUUAGCAAUAUUUUGCCAUGAAACUUUCAAGGUUAUAUUUUAUACACUUUGUUUGGUCGUUCAUUACUUUUAGUUAUAUUAUUUUUUUUUUUUAAUUGUAUAUGUGAACUGUGUUGAAGAAUUUUAUUAUUUUCAUUGCUAGCCAAUCAGGUGCUUGGUUUAUUUAAACUUUUGCUUUUGAUUAAAUACUUUUGUUGCAUUGCAAGCAAGCGAAUUCAGCAAAAUUUUGUUAUCUUAUCAAAAAGGGUGUGCAAUCUUUUUUACUUUUAAUUUUUUACAUUAGAUUUUAUUCUUUUGAAUGCGGAAACCAUUACAAGCUCGCUUUGUGUAAAAAUGAAUAGUGUAAUUGUAAACAUAAAUUAGCUAUAAAUCGUAAAUCGUAUUCGUUUGAUUAUUAUUAUUAACAAUUCUCAUUUAUAAAAUGCUA